ACUCCACAACUGACAGGUGCCAAGUCUCCUGGAGCAAGAAAUCUGUUUUUGCUUUGUAAGCUCCAACACAGAUGACAUUAAGAUUUUUCAAAUAGUUAAGUAAUUUAUCUUUGCAUUCUGAUAUUUUUUUCCCUUAAAUUGUGGAUACCACUACAAACAUUCAUAUCGGACUACUUUUGCAGUCUGCUAUCAUUCAGUUGCAGACAGGAAGAAACAAAAUGGCUUGUGUUUUAUUAAGUUUUUUUAUUUUGAUAUCAGCGCAUCUGGUAGAAUCAUCUGGUGUGUUUGAGUUGAAAGUGCACUCUUUCACAAGCACAAACAGUGUGUGUAAACGGUCCAGCGACUGCCAGAUCUUUUUCCGCGUUUGCCUGAAGCACUCACAAGACAUCAUUCAACCUGAGACGCCGUGCACUUAUGGCACUGGAAUGACAGACAUAUUGAGCGUAGACUCCAUCUCCAGCAGUGCACAUAUCCGCGUGCCUUUUUUUGUCAAGUGGCCGGGAAUUGUCUCGCUGAUAAUCGAAGCCUGGAACGCAGAGUCCUCUGACCAGUCAACAAAGAAUAUCAACAACACAAUCAGCCGUUUGGGCACCAAAAGAAGACUCGCUAUCGACAAGAAUUGGUCACAGGAAGUGCAUCUCGGAGAGCAAAGCCAACUGCGCUUUUUAUGGAACUUUUCAUAUCGCGUCGUGUGUGAUGAAUUCUACCACGGCGAGGAAUGCUCGGAUUUCUGCCGCCCUCGGAAUGAUGCGUUUGGCCACUUCAUCUGUGACGCCGAUGGAAACAGAAUUUGCCUGCCUGGAUGGAUAGGCGAUUAUUGAGCAGAAUCCAUCUGCUCAGGCUGUAGCAAGGAGCACGGUUAUUGUGAGGCCCCCAGUGAGUGCAAGUGUCGCCUUGGGUGGCAAGGCCCCCUCUGCAACAAGUGCCAGCGAUACCCGGGGUGUCUGCAUGGCACCUGCAACCAGCCCUUUCAGUGCAAUUGCAAGGAAGGUUGGGGCGGCCUGUUCUGCAACGAGGAUCUGAACUGAUGUCAUGGUAUUUUAUUUUCUAUGCUGAAAGGUCUCAUCCAACAAAUCUACUUUCAUCACCUUUAAUUAUGGUGCUUUAAAUGACAAACUUGUACUGUAGUUGAUCAUAAAUCAUAAUUUGUUAUAUGUAUAUGGCAGGUAGUUAUAUAAUGUGUUCCUGAAGUAAACACAAAUAAUGUAAACAAAUAAACGCAUUGCCUUUUUUAAACUA